AGUCAACAGGCUUCAACAACCAGAUCAACAACCACCACAGCUGAAGCCACUUUGUCACCAGCGAGCAUCAGUCUGAUGAUAUUGAACUCCUCCGCCACACUCUGGAGAUGAAAUAAACCUCGAAACCCACAGCCAUGACGGAGGUGGACUCCCCGGCAAGCCCUAAUGGGGUUGCCAAAGACGCAUUCGCCGUGGACCCCAUAUUGAUCGUAGAAUACCUUUCAAAGGUCAUCGAAAUCACUUUGGGGGCUACGCGGAAAGAUCUAGAGAGUGGCAACAACCUCUUGUCAAAGAUCCGCUACCAAGAUACGAUUUCCCGAUGUACUCGAUUUGCUUCGGAGAAUCAGGUCGCACUUUAUGUUACGAAGGAUAUUGCAUCAGCAGGCGGGCUAGAUGGCUCCCUUGAUGGGACAAACUCCUUGAGUUAUAGUUACAGUAUGGCGACGGACAUUUCCUUCUCACCCGCGAACAUGGCCUCUAUCGCGCUUCUGAAACGACCACAGCCUAUUGAUCCUACAAUACCCAUAAUCUCUCAAAUACAAAUCAUUAAUCUGCCCGGCGUGGCCACUCUGAACAGCACCGCAAAUGGCCAAGGCGGUGCCUCUGUCUCUCCCUUCGAAAUCCUGCACAGCGUCGUCCACCUAGCACUAGGCCCAUAUUUCGAUGCAUACACAAAGACCCAACAGACGACGAAUGGGGUCCGUGGCAGAUCAGAUGUCGAGGCGAAGACAGGCAUUCCGGUGACAAAGAAGAGGAUAGCAGAGUUGGAGCUAAGCUUAUUGCACCUCCAGCAAAACAUCGAAAUCCCGGACCUAAUCUUGCCUUUACAUCCCAUGAUCCAGAAUGCGAUUGAGGAAGCUGCAGCUAGGAAUAUCAAGCCCUCUGCAGAGUUGAUCCCUCAAGCUCUGCUCUCGGACAGCCAAUUUCUCAACAACCUACAGUCGAUUGUGAAUGGAUGGAUCAAGUCAAUACAAACCAUUACGAAGAUGUCUAGAGACGCCAACAGUGGGACCGCAACUCAAGAAAUCAAUUUCUGGCUUUCGAUGGAGUCAGCGUUGGAGGGGAUCGAAGCUCAACUGCGAGGCGAAGGGGUCGCACUCACGAUGGAAAUCCUUCGAACGGCCAAACGAUUUCAAGCGACGGUUAGCUUUACGGCAGAUACUGGACUGAAGGAGGCAACAGAGAAGGUCCAAAAAUACAAUCAGUUGAUGCGGGAUUUUCCCUUGGAUGAGUUGCUCUCAGCAACAUCUCUGCCAAAGAUCCAGGAUGCCAUCGGUCUCAUUUUUGCCCACCUGAACAAGAAGCUUCGAAUUUGCCCUUACCCCAUCCGGCGAGCAUUACCUCUAGUCGAGGCCAUAUCAGCUGAUCUAGACUUACAAUUACAUUCGCUGCUGCAUGGUCGAUCCUUGAUGCACCUCGACUAUCGGGAAUUCAAUAAUUUGAUUGCAACCACCGAGUCCAUCUGGAAGGCAUGGGAUGAGAAUGUAAAGGAAUUCACAAACGUUGCUCGGGAGGUUACCCGCCGAAGAAAUGAGAAAUUCAUUCCCAUCAAGAUCUCCCCAAAGCAUGCAGACCUUCAAGCGCGCCUGAAGUAUGUCAGCACGUUCCGAGACAACCAUGAGCAAUUACAACGAACCAUCGUCAAUGUGCUUGGACCCAAGAGUGGAGAAGGUGACGGUAAUACCAAUGGCGCUGUCAUUGUCGAAGAAAUGGGUGAUGUAGAUGCUGUUGAGGAAGUUCAACAAGCUUACGCCGCUUUGAACAACGUGGACUUGCUAGAUGUUACCCCUGAAGGCACACGAAUCUGGGUGCAAGCCGAAAUAACCUAUAAUGAGCGGACAUCCCGUGUCGAGAACUCAAUUAUUGCACGGCUGCGAGACCGAUUGGCCACCGCAAAAACUGCCAAUGAGAUGUUUCGAGUAUUUUCGAAGUUCAACGCUCUGUUUGUUCGGCCAAAGAUUCGUGGUGCUAUAACAGAGUAUCAGACUCAGCUGAUCGAUAACGUCAAGCACGAUAUUUCCUCUCUCCAUGAACGUUUCAAGCAACAAUAUGGUCACUCGGAAGCUCAUGCAAUGGCUCAGUUAAGGGAUCUGCCUCCGGUAUCAGGAGCAAUUAUCUGGGCUCGCCAGAUUGAGAGACAGCUCGAUGGCUAUAUGAAGAGAGUUGAGGAUGUUCUUGGAAAUGAUUGGGCUCUACACUCUGAGGGACAAAAAUUGCAGAGUGAGAGUAACCUUUUUCGAAAGAAGCUGGACACCCGACCUAUAUUUGAGGCAUGGCUUCACGAUGUCCAAAGAAAGCAAAUCUCGAUUGCAGGCCGGCUUUUCAACAUCAAUAAAAUUCGAUCCGCUAACAAUGCGCUUGAAUUGGCAGUCAACUUUGACCCCCAAGUUAUUGCACUUUUCAAAGAAACUCGCAAUCUUCUAUGGCUCAAUUAUGCUGUCCCUCACCAGAUCAACAACAUCUCGAAAGAAGCAAAGCGCGUAUACCCAUAUGCCGUCAGCCUGAUGGAGAGUGUGAGGACUUUCGCGCAGACUAGUCGACAAAUUGCAGAAAUGUCAGAUGUAUCGAUUCUUCUCAGCGGCUAUCAAAACGAGGUCCAAGCUCUUAUAUCGAAAGGUGUACCCUUGAAAUGGGAGUCUUUCGUUCACUCAUUCGAUCUACACAUCAAGCAAACGCCAUAUCUCUCGAACGGAACCGUCGAUCAUAGUGCUGGGCGCAAUGAAAGCAAGCAUGUCCAAUUCGUUCGGGAAUUUGCCGCGUCAGUCUCUUUGUUGCAAAACAAGACCGCUACCUUGGCUGCGAUCAACAUCACCAUUCAAAAAGCUCUCAUAGAGCUUCAGACUUGUCCAUACGACUCUGAGUCAUUCAAGCAACUGCUUGAGACCAUCCAGAGGGCAGUCGAUCAACUGAACCUGGAGAAUUAUGUGAAUUUGUCAUACUGGGUCCGAGAAAUGAAUGCUCGUAUCAAGACCACAUUGCUACUUCGAGUACGACAAGCUAUCGGAGCAUGGAUCGAGAGCUUUGAGAAUGAGCGAUCAGAAGGGGUCAACGAUGAUAGUCGUCGAAAACAUCUUAGUGGUGUUCCGGGGGCAGUCAAAGAUGAAACGCCGACACUGAAACGACUUGUCCAUGAAGUUUCGAUGCGAAAUCAAGUCAUCUACCUUGAACCUCCUUUGGAAGAUGCCAGAGCAAAUUGGUUCCAACAGCUUCACAAUUGGCUAGGAGUUGUCUGCAAUCUUCCGAAAGUAAAGGCUUCACGAUACGAAAUGAGCUUAUCAACGACUAAUGAGACAGAAGCUCGUUUCACUGACCUUCCUGCUUCUUGCACCGACAGCUUAUCGCGCGUAUACUCGUCCAUCGAGACAAAAUUGCGUGAGAUCAGCACCUAUGUCGACAAGUGGCUUCAAUUCCAAUCUCUCUGGGAUCUCCAGUCUGAACAAGUCUACGAACUUCUCGGCGAACAAUUAUCUAAAUGGCUUCAAUUACUUCAGGAGAUCAGAAAAGCUCGCUCAACCUUCGACACGACUGAGGUUAGCAGAUCGUUUGGCCAUUUGACGAUCGAUUACGAUCAGGUACAAACCAAGGUGAAUGCAAAGUACGACCAGUGGCAGCAUGAAAUCCUGACAAAGUUUGCCGUACGCCUUGGCACGAGGGUCCGCGAGGUAUAUUCCGAGAUUGAGAAAGCAAGAAAGGAUCUAGAAGUGCAGUCGUUGGAAGCAACAUCAACAGCCCAGGCUGUCCAAUUUAUUACCAUCGUGCAAACCUGCAAACGUAAAGUCAAAGCUUGGGGUCCUGAAGUCGAAACGUUCAGGCAGGGUCAAACGACACUGGUUCGGCAACGUUAUCAAUUUCCAGCGGACUGGUUAGGUGUAGAGCAGGUUGACUCCGAAUGGACUUCACUCAAUGAGAUUCUUAAUCGAAAGGCCAAGAUUGUUCAGGACCAGACUGAUGCCCUUCGCGCCAAGAUUACCGCUGAGGACAAAGUUGUAGGCGAUAAGAUUGCAGAAAUCACCAGUCAGUGGAAUGAAGAGAAGCCGGUAUCUGGAACUAUCGCUCCAGAUGUUGCGUCUGCAACACUAAUGUCCUUCGAAACCCGUAUUACGAAACUUCACGAGGAGUCCGAGAUGGUUUCAAGGGCGAAGGAGGCCUUGGACUUACCUGCAACAGCAGAUACAGCUCUCGCAGCCAUCCUGGAAGAGGUCCAGGAUUUCAAAUCUGUAUGGGCUGCGCUCUCAACAAUCUGGAAGAGCUUGAAUGAUCUUCGUGAGACGCUCUGGAACAGCGUACAACCACGAAAACUUAGAUCUGCCAUCGAUGGAUUGAUCAAGAUGACCAAGGAGAUGCCGAGUCGGAUGAGACAAUAUGCCGCUUUUGAGCAUAUCCAAAACGUAUUACGACAGUUUCUCAAGGUCAACCCUGUCCUUACAGAUCUCAAAUCUGAAGCUGUCCGAGAUCGACAUUGGAAUAAGAUAUUCAAGGCACUUAAGCCUGGAAAGAGAUAUUCGCCAAUCUCGAUGACACUUGGCGAUGUCUGGGAUUUGAAUCUUGCUGCAAGCGAAGUUGUGAUCAGAGACAUCAUCGCCCAAGCUCAAGGGGAGAUGGCUUUGGAAGAGUUUUUGAAGCAAGUCCGUGAAGUCUGGACUAACUAUUCUCUUGACCUGGUCAAUUACCAAAACAAAUGUCGACUUAUUCGCGGCUGGGAUGAUCUUUUUGCAAAAUGUAGCGAGAACCUCAACUCUUUGCAGGCGAUGAGACACUCGCCAUACUACAAGGAAUUCGAGGAAGAAGCCUCGUCAUGGGAAGACAAGCUCAAUCGUGUCCAUGUCUUAUUUGACGUGUGGAUCGACGUCCAGCGUCAGUGGGUGUAUCUCGAAGGUGUCUUCACUGGCAACGCCGAUAUCAAGCAUUUGCUUCCCAUCGAAUCCUCAAGGUUCCAAAACAUCAACUCCGAAUUCUUUGCUGUGAUGAAGAAAGUCUACAAGCAACCUUUUGUUUUAGAUGUUCUCAAUAUAUCGGGAGUACAAAAAUCACUCGAGCGUCUGGCAGAGUUGCUCAACAAAAUCCAGAAAGCCCUGGGUGAGUAUCUUGAAAGGGAACGGGUGUCCUUUCCAAGAUUCUACUUUGUUGGUGACGAGGAUCUGCUUGAAAUCAUCGGCAACAGUAACGACACCCUGCGUAUCGCAAAGCAUUUCAAGAAGAUGUUCGCUGGGCUAUCCGGUCUGAUCAUGGACGAAGACCAUAUCAUCUCCGGGUUCACUUCAAAAGAGGGUGAGGAGGUCAGACUAAAGAAAGAGAUCUCGCUCAUCAAGACUCCAAAGAUCAACGAUUGGUUAGCGCUCCUCGAAAGCAGCAUGAAAUCCACUCUGGCGGAGCUUCUUGCCGAGGCAAUUGAGCGUUACGAGCCCGUCUUCACUGCCGAUGAGAUUGACCAGACAGCUUUGAGUAAGUACAUUGCCUCAUUCCCGAGUCAAAUAGUCGUCUUGGCUACGCAGGCUGUCUGGACAUCUACUGUUGAAAAGUCUCUCGAAACUGGCGGAUCAACGCUGCAGAGCUUGUACGAACAAGAAGUCAAAGUCCUUCAACUUCUCGCUGCCACGGUCCUUGGCGACCUGGAUCCAAUUCAGAGAAAGAGAUGUGAACACCUCAUCACUGAAUGCGUCCAUCAGAGAGAUGUAAUUGAGAAGCUCAUCGGGCUCAACGCAACCACACCGAAUCAUUACAUGUGGCUCCUUCAGAUGAGAUAUGUGUACAAAGCCGAAGGUGAUUUCCUUCAACGCUUGUACAUCAAAAUGGCAAAUGCCAAGCUUAAUUAUGGCUUCGAGUAUUUGGGGGUUGCAGAACGUCUUGUUCGAACACCACUCACGGAUCGCUGUUUCCUAACUUUGACACAAGCACUUUGUCAGAGAUUGGGCGGCUCUCCAUACGGCCCCGCAGGGACCGGCAAGACCGAGUCUGUCAAAGCCUUAGGUGUUCAGCUUGGACGGUUCACUCUUGUCUUUUGUUGCGACGACACCUUCGAUUUCCAGGCCAUGGGGCGCAUUUUCCUGGGUAUCUGUCAAGUUGGAGCUUGGGGUUGCUUCGAUGAGUUCAAUCGGCUUGAAGAACGUAUCUUGUCCGCUGUAUCUCAACAAGUACAGAACAUUCAACUUGGUCUGAAGCAAGGUCUGGAGGAUGAAAAGUCCCAGAUUGAGCUGGUUGGUCGCCAACUCCGUGUCAACGCCAAUACUGGAAUUUUCAUCACCAUGAAUCCGGGAUAUGCCGGCCGUUCCAACUUGCCGGACAAUCUUAAAAAACUAUUCCGAAGUGUUGCGAUGUCAAAGCCAGACAAAGAGUUGAUUGCUGAGGUUAUGCUGUAUUCACAAGGUUUCAACCAAGCCAAGCAACUGUCAAAGCAGACGGUACCUUUCUUCGAUCGCUGUUCUGCGAAGCUUUCUAAACAAGCUCACUACGACUUCGGACUUCGUGCUCUCAAGAGUGUGCUUGUCAGUUCUGGUGGCCUCAAGCGUGCUCGCCUCACGCGUACAGGUGGUGAUCUUGGCCUGGAGGAAGAAGUGGAACCCCAAAUCAUUGUCCAGAGUAUCCGCGAAACCAUUGCACCAAAAUUGAUCAAGAGCGAUGUCGAAAUUAUGAGGACUAUCGAGGCGGAAUCAUUCCCCGGGGUAGAGUAUGUACCGGCCAGUCUCGAGAAAUUGCAGGACGCAAUCCACAGUAUUGCCAAGGAGAGACAUCUUGUUGUCAACGAUACCUGGAUGACCAAGAUCCUUCAGCUGUUCCAGAUCCAAGGCAUUCACCACGGUGUGAUGAUGGUUGGAAACUCUGGUUCGGGAAAAUCUGUGGCUUGGAAGCUUCUUCUACAAGCUUUGCAGCAGGUGGAAGGUGUUGAGGGUGUUUGUCACAUCAUUGACUCGAAAGUCAUGUCAAAGGAGGCGUUGUACGGCAACCUGGAUUCAACUACACGAGAAUGGACUGACGGUCUGUUCACGAGUAUUCUACGCAAAAUCGUUGACAAUUUGCGAGGUGAGGAAACAAAAAGACAUUGGAUUGUAUUCGACGGCGAUGUCGAUCCUGAAUGGGUCGAGAAUUUGAACAGUGUCCUUGACGAUAACAAACUUCUAACUCUCCCUAACGGCGAGCGACUCAAUCUCCCUCUAAAUGUUCGCAUAAUGUUCGAAGUCGAGACUUUGAAGUAUGCCACGCUUGCAACAGUCAGUCGUUGUGGAAUGGUGUGGUUCAGCGAAGAUACCGUAACAUCGAACAUGAUGGUCUCCAAUUACCUCGAUACUCUUCGGAAAGUUGCCUUCGAGGACCUAGAUGAGGAUGCCGUUGCCACGGGGCAAACAGCGGCCAAGGCUCUUGCAAUUCAGGCUCAAGUUGCCGAUCUUCUUCAGGCUUUCCUGACGACGGAAGACUUCAUCUCCAAUGCUCUGGAACGAGCCGAAGGGUUCAACCAUAUCAUGGAGUUCACCAUCUCGCGCGUUCUGAAUACCCUGUUCUCACUACUUAACAAGUGUGUCAGAGACGUUAUCGAAUACAAUACCCAGCAUGUGGACUUCCCUCUCGACCCUGAACAAGUUGAAUCGUAUGUCGCAAAGAAGCUCCUUCUCGCUUUGGUUUGGUCCUUGACUGGUGAUUGUCCCUUGGGUGACAGAAAGAGCUUCGGAGAUUGUCUGGCUGGCAUGGCUACAUUUGGAUCGCCAAUUAUGGGUGACAACUCGUCCCUUAUUGACUUCGAUGUCACUUUACCUAAGGCUGAAUGGACAUCAUGGCAGAAUUCCGUACCAUCAAUUGAGGUUAACACGCACUCUAUCACACAAACCGAUGUGGUUAUUCCGACGCUCGAUACUGCACGCCAUGAAGACGUUCUGUAUUCCUGGCUUGCAGAGCACAAACCGCUCCUUUUGUGCGGCCCUCCUGGAUCAGGAAAAACUAUGACUCUAUUCAGCGCUCUCCGUAAGCUGCCAAACAUGGAAGUUGUCGGCCUCAAUUUUUCCAGUGCUACGACACCCGAUCUGCUUAUCAAGACUUUUGAGCAAUACUGCGAAUACAAGAAGACUCUCAAUGGUGUCAUCCUCUCUCCAACCCAAAUUGGUCGUUGGCUUGUUCUGUUCUGUGACGAAAUCAACUUGCCAGCACCAGACAAGUAUGGAACUCAGCGAGCGAUUUCCUUUCUACGACAACUGGUGGAGCAGAAUGGCUUCUGGAGAACCUCAGACAAAACCUGGGUCACGCUCGAUCGUAUCCAGUUUGUAGGCGCUUGCAAUCCGCCAACGGAUGCAGGCCGAACUCCAAUGGGUGCGCGAUUUUUAAGACAUGCUCCUCUCAUCAUGGUCGAUUAUCCCGGAGAACUUUCACUUCAUCAAAUCUAUGGAACGUUCAAUAGUGCUGUUCUGAAGAUUAUCCCAUCACUCCGAGGCUAUUCUGAGUCACUUACAAAGGCUAUGGUCCAAUUUUACCUCGAAUCCCAGCAACGUUUCACCCCGAAGAUUCAACCUCACUAUGUCUACAGUCCUCGUGAACUCACUAGAUGGGUCCGAGGUAUCUACGAGGCGAUCCGACCACUUGAAACCCUCUCAGUGGAAGGUCUUGUCAGAAUAUGGGCCCACGAGGCACUUCGGUUGUUCCAAGAUCGUCUUGUCGCAGAAGACGAGCGAAACUGGACCAACGAAGCCGUUCAUCGUAUUGCGCUCGACUUCUUCCCAACCAUUGAAGAAGAUAAGGCUCUUGGUGGGCCAAUUCUGUUCUCUAACUGGCUCUCGAAGAAUUAUAUUCCUGUCGACCGAGAACAGCUCCGCGAGUUCGUUAAAGCUAGAUUGAAGACGUUCUGUGAGGAAGAAGUGGAUGUUCCUUUGAUCCUCUUCAACGACGUUCUUGAGCACGUUCUUCGUAUCGAUCGUGUCUUCAGACAACCCCAAGGACAUCUGAUUUUGAUUGGAGUCAGCGGGAGUGGUAAGACAACAUUAUCACGUUUUGUUGCCUGGAUGAACGGCCUCAAAGUCUUCCAAAUUAAGGUGCAUGGCAAAUAUUCAGCCGAGGACUUCGACGAUGACCUGCGCGAUGUCCUUCGACGAAGUGGAUGCAAAGGGGAGAAGAUAUGCUUCAUCAUGGAUGAAUCGAAUGUGCUUGACUCUGGAUUCCUCGAGAGAAUGAAUACGCUGUUGGCAAAUGCGGAAGUUCCAGGUCUCUUCGAAGGAGAUGAGCUUGCCUCCUUGAUGACUGCUUGCAAGGAAGGUGCUCAGCGGCAAGGCCUUCUUCUCGACUCGCAAGAAGAAUUAUAUAAGUGGUUCACACAGCAGAUUGUCAAAAAUUUGCAUGUUGUGUUCACCAUGAACCCGCCAGAAGAUGGUCUAUCUUCAAAAGCUGCGACAAGUCCUGCUCUCUUCAAUCGUUGUGUGCUGAACUGGUUCGGAGAUUGGUCUGAUCAGGCACUCUUCCAAGUCGGUACUGAAUUGACGCAGGCCGUCGAUCUUGAUCGGCCCAACUUCCAAGCUCCAGACAGUAUUCCCGUCGCUUACCGCGAGCUCACCCUCCCAGCCAACCACCGUGCUGCUGUAGUUAAUUCUAUGGUCUACAUUCAUUAUUCCCUUCACCGCUUCAAUAUCAAACUUCUAAAGCAGCAAGGACGAGUCACGUAUCUGACUCCUCGGCACUUCUUGGAUUUUGUCGCCCAGUAUGUCAGGCUGUACAAUGAGAAGCGUGAAGAUUUGGAAGAGCAACAGCGCCAUUUGAACGUUGGACUGGAAAAAUUGAGAGAUACCGUUGACAAAGUUCGGGAUCUUCGUGCUAGUCUUGCGGAAAAGAAAGGACAAUUGGAGCGGAAAGACGCUGAAGCCAACGAGAAACUUCAACGUAUGGUUGCAGACCAACGAGAGGCUGAGCAACGUAAGACAACGUCUUUGGAGAUUCAAGCCGCUCUCGAGAAACAAGAGGCUGAAGUUGCCCAACGUCGCGAGUUGGUUUUGAAUGAUCUCGCCAACGCAGAACCUGCGGUUAUUGAGGCCCAGAAGAGUGUCAGCAACAUCAAGCGCCAACAUUUGACAGAAGUGCGCUCUAUGGGCAAUCCACCACAAGGUGUCAAGCUCGCCUUGGAUUCCGUGUGUACUUUACUCGGUCAUAAGGUCGACAGCUGGAAGACAGUUCAAGCCAUCGUUCGAAAAGAUGACUUUAUCGCUAGUAUUGUUAACUAUGACAACGAGAAACAGAUGACGAAGAACUUGCGUAUCAAGAUGCGGAAUGAAUACCUUUCAAACGAUGAUUUCACGUACGAGAAAGUCAAUCGCGCAAGUAAAGCCUGUGGUCCCCUUGUCCAGUGGGUCCAGGCUCAAGUCAACUACUCGGAAAUUCUUGAUCGUGUCGGUCCGUUGAGAGAGGAAGUCGGAAUGCUAGAGGAGCAAGCUCUGCAAACCAAAGCUGAAGCUCAAGCAGUUGAAAAUACAAUCAACGCACUCGAACAGAGCAUUGCAACAUACAAGACGGAAUAUGCAGCCCUAAUCAGCGAGACGCAGGCAAUCAAGACCGAGAUGUCUCGGGUGCAGUUUAAGGUUGAUCGAAGCGUACGACUGCUCGACAGUCUCUCAUCUGAGCGAGUUCGUUGGGAAGAAGGGAGCAAGUCGUUUGAGACACAAAUUGGCACACUCGUGGGUGACGUUCUUGUUGCAGCUGCGUUCUUGGCAUACAGCGGUCUCUAUGAUCAGCAAUUCCGAAAGAACAUGAUGGAAGACUGGUUACAUCAACUCCAGCUCUCUGGCAUCAAUUUCAAGCUGCACAAUCCAAUGACAGAAUACCUUUCCACAGCUGAUGAACGACUCGGAUGGCAGGAAAAUUCGCUGCCAGUUGACGAUCUCUGCACGGAAAAUGCAAUCAUCUUGAAGCGCUUCAAUCGAUAUCCGCUGAUCAUUGACCCAUCUGGUCGCGUUACCGAAUUUUUGCAGAAGGAGAGCAAGGAUAGGCGCCUCACAGUCACCAGUUUUCUGGACGACUCGUUCACGAAACAAUUGGAGAGCUCCCUUCGUUUCGGAAAUCCGAUCCUCAUUCAAGAUGCAGAAUAUCUCGAUCCUGUGCUCAAUCAUGUUCUCAAUAAGGAAUACCAAAAGACAGGAGGUCGUGUUCUUAUCCAGCUAGGGAAGCAAGAAAUCGAUUUCUCUCCGGCCUUCAAGAUCUAUUUAUCGACGAGAGAUCCUUCGGCCACCUUUGCGCCUGAUAUCUGCAGUCGUACAACUUUUGUCAAUUUCACAGUUACGCAGAGCAGCCUUCAAACUCAAUCCUUGAAUGAUGUCCUGAAAUCAGAACGACCUGAUGUCGAUGAGCGUAGAUCCAACCUCAUUAAGCUGCAAGGCGAAUUCAAAGUGCAUCUCAGACAGUUGGAGAAACGAUUACUACAGGCUUUGAACGAGUCUCGUGGAAAUAUUCUUGACGACGACAACGUGAUUGAGACUCUCGAAACACUGAAAAAGGAGGCUGCCGAGAUUUCAACCAAGAUGAGCAACACCGAAGGCGUCAUGACAGAAGUCGACGAGAUUACUCUUCAAUACAACAUCAUUGCGAGAUCUUGCAGCGCAGUCUUUGCCGUCCUCGAGCAACUCCACUAUCUCAAUCACUUCUACCAAUUCUCUCUGCAGUACUUCCUCGAUAUCUUCCAUUCAGUACUGCAUGGGAACAAGCGACUCGCCAGCGAGACAAAUCAUAAUGUCCGUCGAGAUAUCAUCAUCGAAGAUCUUUUCGUCACCACCUAUCAGCGUACUUCUCUAGGCCUGCUUCAGAAGGACAGAAUCACCCUCGCUAUGCUUCUUGCCCAAGCUGCGCCUUAUAAAAUGGAUAAGAGCUUGAUCGAUGUCAUCUUAGAUGAGGGUAUAGAAGGCGUCGACGUUUCAACAGAAUCACAUAGGAAAGACGAAGUUCUGGCCAGAGCAUCCAGAAUACCAGUUCUCAAGGGAAAACUCGAGGUAAUCUCAAAUGCGGCUUGGGAGCGCUUCCUCUUUGAAGAGAUAGGAGAAAAUCACGUUCCCCAAGUGUGGGGUGCAAGCACCGAAAAACGAGAUCAAGAGCUUAUGUCUCUCUUGCUCAUCAAGCUAUUCCGCCUAGAUCGAUUUGUACCUGCUGCUGAGCGCUUCGUUACUGCUGUAUUCGGUCAAGGCCUCCUCGAUACUACGGAAGAUCUCAAGCAGACCGUUGAUCAAGUCUCUGCGAGCAGCCCAAUUGCUCUAUGCUCAAGUCCUGGAUUCGACGCCAGCUACAAAGUCGACAACCUUGUCGAACGAUCUAGCGCUACAUGUACAAAUAUUGCCAUGGGAUCCAACGAAGGCUUGGCUAGCGCAGACAAAGCCAUCAGCAACGCGGCCGCCAAUGGAUCGUGGGUUCUUGUGAAGAAUGUACAUCUGGCUCCGACAUGGCUACAGAGUCUUGAGAAACGCAUGGACUCACUCAAACCCCACGCAAACUUCAGGUUAUUCCUUUCGAUGGAGUCUAGUCCUAAGAUCCCUGUUAAUCUUUUGAGAGCCUCUCGAGUCUUGAUGUAUGAACAGCCAGCUGGUGUCAGGGCAAAUAUGAAAGAUUCAAUGGCAUCUCUCUCCACUCGGGCUACCAAGAAUCCCGUCGAGAGAACCAGACUGUAUCUUCUACUGUCGUUCUUGCACGCGGUCGUUCAGGAACGGCUACGCUAUGCACCAAAUUUGGGCUGGAAGGGUUUCUGGGAAUUCAAUGACAGUGAUUACGAAUGUUCGGCGUUUAUCAUAGACACAUGGAUCGAGACCGUUGCUUUGGGUCGCACCAACGUUGCCCCCCAGAAUCUACCAUGGGACAUGAUCCGAACCUUGAUUGUUGAGACUUACGGAGGAAAGAUUGAUGACGAAGGUGACUUUGCGCGCCUCACACAAUUGGUCAAUUCUUUCCUCACGCCUUCGGCAUAUGACAUUGGCCACAAACUUGUAGAAGGUAUUGCGGGAAGUGGAUUGGACGAGGAUGAUGGAAGCUUGGUUGUGCCUAGUGGGACUACUCUCAAGGAAUUCACGGACUGGAUACAGAAAUUGCCGGAGAGAGAGCCACCUACAUAUCUUGGCUUGCCCGCGAAUGCGGAGAAGCUUCUUCUAGUUGGUCAAGGUCUAAGCAUGAUUCAGAAUUUGGGGAAGAUUACGGAGUUGUUGGACGAAGGAGAACAGAUUAUGGCGGAGGCGGUUUGAGACGAUUUAGGUGUACAAGACAGAUUUCCAUUCGUGGUCUUAGAUCUUUAGGGCAUGGUCAGAUCGGGCGCAGGUCUCUUUACUUCAGCAUGGUUUGCAGGCAUGGGCUGGAAUUUGGCGGUCGUUAUUAUACCCAGUCUUGCGUCGCUAGACUUACAGAUUGCUUCUCUUUUGUAGUCUCGAUUUCUUGUAGCAUAGCGAUAUUGACAUGCAUCUAAAUGUAUUCAUUUGCCACCACG